GGAAUAUCUGCUCGGGAACAACUUCGGCGCAGAGGCUCCUUCUAAGUGGAGUACUCUGACGCUGGCUACCUGGUAACCUGGUCAUGCCAGAGCAUGAUAGACUGAUGAGGGUAUUUUGGCCGAACGACAUUCUUAGGUCCGAUGCCCCUGGCGUUAUUAUUGGUUGGAGGAAUUCAAGUCUCGAUGUUGUUGUGAUCGCGGUCUUGGACCAUGUCGACUCAAGAAGCGUCGAGAACGCGUUAAAGACCGGCAUACUAUUGAGAAGUGCGCCGCAUCCUAUACCUCGUAUAUUUGAGCUAUGUGGACAGUCGUCGAUGCAUGUUCUUGGAACUACAAACCGGGAAUCCCACAUCGAGCCAGACUCCUCCUGGGUGCGAGCUAUCGUUAGUCCAUCCGAACGGGUACCCAAGAUCACCUGUCCUAGAGCGUCGAGCAUUCAAAUUGUUUUAUUCGAGAGGCCGAUUCCACUUCGUAUGCAGUACAUAUCCUUGAAUCCAAUUGCACUCUCGCUCGCCGAUAAAGAGGACCAUGCAUUAUAUCAUGCGUCCGAUAGUUCGGAGGCUGAGGAAGAGAAACAGGAACGAAGGAAUAAGCAAAAAAGGCGUCUCUUGGUAGACAAGCUCAAGAAUCACUCAGUCUUCAAGCAUGCUCCCUCGCUUAAAGACAGAGCUCUUGAGAGAAUCGUCAAUCAAAUCAACUGGGCAUGGGAGCUAGAACGGCUGCUGCAGAAAAACGUGCCACUUAUCGGUACCAGGCCUAAGCGUGCUCUCAGUGUAUCCGAGCGGGUGGUAGAGCAAGCUACAAACAUGAGGAAUUAUGUAGUCCUUUGGAUAUGGGACGUGACCAUUCUUUAUCUAUUCCCUAUAAUCCGCAGGGCCUUUAUACUACUUCUCCUCGGCCACCGGUGCGCAGCUGAGGCUUUAUUACUUAUACUGGAAUGGAGAGCUCGGCCAAGCUCGCCUGCUCUCAAGGAUGUAUCUGCAACAGCUCAGCAAGUGGAAAUACGCCUCCAGCAGUUCUGCUACUGGCCUAUGCAGUAUGUAAAACUCCGUCUCCGGAAAAAUGACUGGGCUAGUGUUACGACCAGCCACCCAGAUUACAUACGAUUUUAUAACAGCCUCUGGCUUGUAGCCAACGACGUUAUUAUCGGGAUUGCCCUUGGCUCUUAUAUCAUCGAGAAUGCUGAGUGGGUGGCUGACACGAUAAGCAUGCUUCUGGGGAGUUAUACCAUUGACCUACUACGGACCAGCAUCUCUUGGCUCAUGGGUUGGCCUGCUGGUUUAAAGUUGAAUAGCGAGUUGGCCUUAUUUUUGGGCGACUUGUUUCUUUGGGUUAUUGACUACUGGUCUAGUUGCAUUGGCACAUUAGAGCCAUUACUGCCUCGCGUGGUUUGGUUCAUUGGGUUUUCUAGCUUCGCUGGAGCUAGUAUGCCUAUUGCCCUUUUCUCCGACUUGCUCUCGGUCCUCACGAUCCAUAUUUACUCGUUUUACCUGGCCUCGGCCCGUAUUUUUCAUUGGCAGUUGACGAUCCUUCUUUCCCUUUUCCAACUAUUCAGAGGCAAAAAGUAUAACGUGCUGCGAAACCGAGUGGACGCCUGCGAUUACGAUCUCGACCAGCUGCUUGUCGGUACCAUCUUAUUUACACUUUUAUUCUUCUUACUACCUACCGUUGUCGUGUUUUAUCUUAACUUUGCCCUUGCACGCAUGGUCAUCAUAUCAUUCAAAGCUAUUUUCGACACCAUGUUGUCUUGUUUAAACCAUUUUCCAUUGUUCGCACUGAUGCUUAGGGGUAAAGAUCCUCGGCGUCUCCCGGGCGGCAUUCGUUUUGAACUUCGUGAUACCCCAUAUAGACUUAGCACUAAUUCUACGUCGCCUUUGCCGUUCCUCUCGCAGCCUACUUCCGUAAUCUAUCUCAAGCCUAUACCUCUUGCGUUUACAGCAAUGUUUCACCAGUAUUUCCAGAUGGGUAGUCGUAUUCGCAAACACUACUUAUCACCUCGGGUACUAUUUUGUCUCGUUACGGGCCGUUUUGUUCCACCAAUUCAUCGGAAAGCCCUCUACUCUUUACAAUAUAGCAUGCUCCCGGCGCGUCGGGCGGGCAUCAUGGAGAUGUGGGAAGCGCUCAACUCAUUACCGGCAAAGAAGCGACCUGUACACGUGCACCCGUAUGCGUUUGCCUCUACCAUAAACCUAGACGGGAGACGGCAUAUGAAUGGACGUGCGGGAAGAGGUAUGAGUAAGGAAUAUGAUUAACGAGGCAUCGAGUGUGUAGACGAUAUAGACGACAGCGGUGAUGACGGGUAAUGACAUUCUGUAUACCGGAAGCAAAACGAGAAGUGAUACUUUCAAUGCGUCUGAUGAGCGUUCGUUAAUACGAUAGGUAUAGAAC